UUAAUGAUUUUAUUAAAGUGGAUUUCGUUUCUUUUUUUUUAUUUGUUAUAUAAUGUGUGCAGAUAAAAUAGAUCCAGAAAAUAUCACGGAUUCCGAUACAAUAUUACUUCCCAAUAAACAAGACGAUUAUAAACUUAAAGUUUUCAAUGGAUCUAUGAAUCUCGUAGCUCAUCUUCUCAUUGGAGCAACAGUAGGAGUUUCAAUACUGUUUUCAUUUACAUAUGAUUUCGAAUAUUAUGGCUCUAAGAUUCAUAUUAUUCUUUGUGUACUUGGGUAUCAAUUACUGAUGGCAGAAGCAAUUCUAACUCUUUCGCCUCACAACUCUUGGACAUCUUCAUUUACUUUCGCACACAAGCGACGAGUACAUUGGGUUUUACAAAUUAUGGGUUCAAUCCUAGCAAUAGUUGGCAGCUUUAUUAAAUACAUGGAUAAAACGGUUCACUGGGAUACUCUUCAUUCCAAAUUCUCGCUCGUGGCAUUGAUUUUCACAAUCGUGUGUUUGGUUAACGGCGUCACUUCACUCUUCGCUCACGAGUUGCGUCGUGUCAUUCCCGGGACUUUAUCUAAAAUAACUCACAUUUGUUUUGGAACUGUGGCAUUUGUUGCAUCAUCGGUCUGUCUUUGCUACGGUUUCGACAAAUCUUCCUUCAGCGGAUGGGCCACGCCGCCAAUGAAGGCUACCUUCAUUGCUUUCGUCGGUAUCUUUACUGUUAUCAUCAUUGUCAAUCCGAUCAUCAAUUUUGUCGAUAAAACUGUCAAAUCAAUUAAGCGGUAAAAUGUUUUUAGUUUUAAUCUCCAAAAAUGCAUUUUCAUUCGCAUCAUUAUAACGUAGGUAACGUUGAAAAAAAAAUUAAAACAUAUUUCUUUUAAGUGGCACUCAACUAAAAAAGAAAUGAUUCGUUUUAGAAUCUGCAUACAUCUAAUCACGAGGUAGACAGAGCCAACAGUCAGAAAAGACUGUUAGGCUACGUUUAGCUGUUGUUUGGCUAAAUGAUAGAAUUUAUAUUCAAAUAGUAGUUCUAUAGUCUAAAAGAAGAAUCCCGAGUUUACAAGCCUAUCUCUGAGUCAACUUUUACGACAUCAGUACGUCACCCGGGAACCAGAAUUAUAAUCUGAUUAUUAUAAACUUGGUAUUGAUUAUUAUUGUGACACAGACGGCCUCUGUGGCGCAGUGGUAGUACGCUUGCCUGUGUCACCGGAGGUCCUGGGUUCGAAUCCCGGCCAGGGCAUGAUGAGAAACGAACUUUCUCUGAUUGGCCUGGGUCUUGGAUGUUUAUGUAUAUAAGUAUUUAUUAUAAAAUAUAGUAUCGUUGAGUUAGUAUCUCGUAACACAAGUUUCGAACUUACUUCGAGGGUAACUCAAUCUGUGUAAUUUGUCCCGUAUAUAUUUAUUUUAUUUAU